AUGAAUGUUGAUCACAACACUAUCUUCUUGUACGACAACUUCAAGUAUGUGCCUACUUAUAUAUUAAACCCGGUUCUAUGUCAAUUGGGAGAUUAUGCGAGACGAAUGGUUGCACUCAAUACGGAAAGAUGUGGAACUUGGGAGAUGAAGGUGUUUCUUCAUGUUACCUCAUGCAUGAAUGAAGGUAUUGCACUCGAUACGAAUGAUAAUGGUCAACAAAUUGCGGAUUUGUUGGAUAAAUUGAAAGUUCGUCCUCCUUCUUCAAAUCCUAUCGAUCGAUGUUCAAUUUGUUUGGAGGAGUAUUGCGAGGGAUCAGAUUCGGAACUCAUUUAUACAGAAUGCUCUCAUAUUUUUCAUGAAGAGUGUAUUGGCAAGUGGCUUCAUCAAUGCGAAGAUCGUUCAUCUUCUUACUCGUGUCCAAUGUGUCGACGUGAGAUAAUAUGA